AUGGACCAACAAGAGGAGGAGUUCUCUCCACCUUUGGCCGUCCUUCCAAGGUUGGAUCGCCUUGAUCGUUUGCUGCAGUUUCUAGAAGAGAGACGACGCUGCUUGUUGGCAAGGCAAUCUUCUAACUACCCUUCCUUGACUUCAAUGGAAGUACAGUGCAAGACCCUGUCAUCAGCACUUGAGGAAGUUUCUCAUAAGGGUACCCUGAUGGAGAGACUGGCAGCGCUUGAGAAUCGAGUCUUACAGUUCAGUCUGGAGCUAGAUAUUGGAAACACAUCGAGGUCAAGCUCUUCCACCAUUCCCAUCCCUGAACAAAAUGUACCCGGAAACAAUGAGCUGAAUGGAACUCUGAAAAUGGCACCCCAAAAGAAUCAAGAUCCUCUCAUCAAAGGUCAAGAGAGCAGCACCACAAAAGCAUGCGAAAGAAAACCCCCGAAAGGCGGAAGACGAAAAUCAAUACUUAUUACCGAAGCAGUCAGGCGUAAGAAACUGCUUCGCUGGUUUCAAAUGGGAUGUUGAUGUCCGGCUCUACACUUUUAUUUUUUUUUUCAGAGUGUUAGCAAGCAGAGCAUCUCUGCUUGGUUUUCAUUUUCUGAAUGAUGAAAUUCUGAAAUUGAAUUGGAAGAAGCAAAAAAUUAGAUAGGCAAUUGGACUUAGGCAUUGCCGUCAAGUUGUUGUUGAAACCUGUA